CUAAAAACCAGCGGGAGAGUCAGAAACAAAAAUCAAAUUAACAAAAUAAAUACAUAGUUCAGUUCGAAAGCAGUUUUAAGCGAAAAAACAAGAUAUAUGUACCUACACUUCCUACAUACAUACGAACCAAAGAUGCAAUUCCAGUGAAAAUUGUGUAGGAGGGAAAAUGUCCGAAAAGUUAUAGAUACGGGAUCCAGAAGUGCCUGAAAACAAUAAAUAAACCUUCAAUUGCCACACAUUUGCCAAAUCGAUUUGACUUCGAUUCAAAAAAGAACAGAAAGAUGUCGAGUGUUAAGUGCUGUGAGAAGUGCGGACGGAGCAGGAGCCAAGUGCUCCUCCUGCAACUGCUGAUACUGAUGGUGAUGCUGAUGUCCAUGUCCAGGGACUGUCAGGCGUCGCCGUCCCGCUUCAACCACUCCGCCUUCAUGGACGGUGUCCAGUCGGUGGUGGUGAAUCCUUACAAUCGCACCAUCCUGAAUAUGUUCGACCUGACCGAGGAGCAAAUUCAAAGCAUCCAGAACCGCAGCAAUCCCAAUACGAAGGACGAGACCACCCAGUCCUCCAAUCACCAAUAUCUGGAGCUCGUCGCCUCGCAGCGACUGAACGAGAUUUUCAAACGCCUGCACAAGGCAAUUUCCAACGAGCCCAAUGUUAACAAGUCAGCCGAGAAGGCUGGCUACCCCAUCUGCAAUGCGGAGAUGAGCAUUCCCAACUGGCAGCAGGCCAACAACUUGACCCUGCAGUUCGCCAGCAGCGUGUUCGACCACAACGGCGACCGCCCGAGCAGUGCCCUCUUGCGUCUCUACAAGACCUAUCCCGGACAAAGUCCCAGCCAGAGCCAGAGCCAGAGCCAGGGCCAGGGCCAGGCGGAGAGCACGGAACAGCCCACGGCCACACUCUGCCCCGACCAGACGGAGGUGGGUCCCCAGAUUCGUGUGACGGUCUCCAUUGUGCACCAGCAGAAGAAGAAACGUAAGUUAGAGCGCAAGAAGCGCACCUGCAACACCACCAUGUUCAGCAGCAGCCUGACCGGAUGGGUAGAGAUUGACGUUAAGUGCGCCCUGGCCUACUGGGAGCAACAGCAGCGCCAGCAGCAGCCCCAGCAACUGCUCCCCAGCGUUGUGGGGAUGCUGAUGAUCGAGGUCCAUGACGACGAGGAGAACCCCCUGAAGCCCGGCCUCUACUUCGAGCCACCCACUUGCGAUCAGGCAGACCCUGCUGUCCCAUGGAACGCAUACGGAUCAAAGACGUUUGUGCCUUAUCUGGAAAGUCGGUCAAUGCCCAGAUACCCAAGGAUAGAUGUUGGGUUUAAUGGCAGUGCAUCGUUUUCGCCCCACAACUGCUUGAAGAGCAUAUACAGUAUCCCGAAGAGCAGGAGCCACAUCAGCCCAGAAUCAACCACACCCAAUUCACAAACAAUGGACAAUUUGCUUGACGGGACAAGGGAGACGGAGAGCCAGCAGGAGCGGGUGCGGGAGCAGGUCCACCAGCAUCACAGACGGCAUCACCACAAGCACCGGGACAGUCCUGCAUCCGAAUCGGAGUUCGCGGUGGCCCAGUCCGAGGGCGAGGCGGAGGCUGAGGAACUCUUGGCAGCGGCGAGCAAUACCGAGCCGAUGGAACCAUCUAACCAUCGGGGGCUCAACCAUCACCGCGCCACGCACCAUCAUAAUGGACGCCAUCACCAUAAGCACCACCACCACUUGAUGGCCCACAAGCAGGAUUAGAUCGGCUGGUAGACCCAUAUCAUAGCACGCACAUAUUCUGUCUCUCCCCUCCCCCUCCCAUACGUACCCAUACCCAUAAAUAUGAUGGUCUUAUUAUUUAAUUUAAUUUUUUUUUGUUUUCUGUUUGUAUCUUUAGGGCCAGUUGACUUAACUAGUUUUUAGUUCGUCGGUUUCCUAACCCAAGCAACCAUACACGUGCCCGUGCACGGCGUUGUUUUAAUUAUAAUUUAAAAUUCGUUUUAAGUUAAACAAAUUUUUGGUCGAAAUUUGUAUUAUUAAUGGAUUAAAUCUCUCUUAUAUUAGGAGUCUGUGAUUUAGAUGUGGUUGAAUUUAUGAAUUUUUUGAUACAAUUGAAUUAUACAAAAACAAAUUGUUGGAAACACAAGAAAACAUUUUAUACGAAUAUAAUUAUUAAAUACAAUUAGACUUGCCCUUGCCUUAGGCCAGAACGUAGACUAAAUUAAUCGAUGCCUUAUCAGAGCACUACAACACUAAACUUCUGCACAAUCCGCUCAAAAGCGAAAACCACACCACACCCCAGAAGCCCUGCUCUAAAUCUCAAUUAAAUCUCUAUUUGUAACCCACAAAAAGUUUUCUGUUCAUUUUGCUUUUAAGAUUUCAUAAGAAACUGUUACUUGAAUUUGAGCACGUUCUCAUUAAGUCAAACAGCUAUUCAAUGCGUAAUCCUCCAUACCAUACAAUACCAUACCAUACCUAUUGAUCAUCAGUAACUAAGUACAUUUGUAAAUCUAUAAAA